CACCUUUUUUUUUCCCCUCCGUCCAAUUUGUCCGGAAUAUUACGAACCCUUGAGGAAAUCGCCCUCGAUACGCCCCGAGAGAUCGGCCCUCUCCCAUCCGACUACCGGUCGCCGGCGAACCCACCGUCCCAUCGUGUUCGCCUCCCGGUGCGCCAUACGCAGUCGCAAACCCGUCCCUUGAAUUGUUCCUGGCGAUGUCCCUGCCACCGUCGCCACGCUCCCAGUCAUGAGAUCCAAAGCUUCAACCCCUGGCCAAUUGCCCGGCCAGCAACUGCCGCAACAGGCGCAACAAUCGCAACAAUCGCAACAACCGCAGCAACAGCAGCAGCAACAGCAGCAGACACAACAUGUCAAGCCCCCCAGGAUCUUGGCAUGCGUCCUCUGCCAACAUCGAAAGAUCAAAUGCGACAGGAAUAUGCCCUGCUCUAAUUGCCUCAAGGCCAACGUCCCUUGUUCGCCAUCGACCCCAGCUCCCGUUCGGAAGAGAAGACGACCGAACCAGGACCUCCAAGAGAGACUCGCCCGCUGCGAAGCCCUGUUGAAACAGUAUGCCUCCGCCGGCCCGCUUCCUAACCUACCGAAUAACCUCGCCGAUUCACCUACCGCCUCCUCCGUCGGCUCCACUGCCGCCUCUGCCUCUGCUGCCUACACCUUUGCGUCGUCAUCGAACUCUAUUCCCGUCCCCAGCCUUCCCGGCCUUCAUCCCCUUGCUCCGAGCCCUCGGCCCCAGACCGCCCAAACCACCCUAUCUUCAAAUGUGCCUACACCACACUCCCCCGCUGGCAUGCAAACUCCCUCGGCAUCCCUCCACGAGGGCGACGACCCCUCGGGUAACUUGAAGCGCCCCGGCAAGCUCGUUGUACAGGACGGGAGUGUCACCUUUGUUGACAGCAUCGUGUGGCGUACCAUUCACGAGAAUCUCCAAGCCAUGCGCGCCAUAGUGGACGCUGAGGCUGUCGAGGAACAGAGCCCCCUGAGCUCCAGCGCUGUCACGCCGGACGACAACGUCGAUCUCCUCCUCAAUGAUUUUUCCGCCAUCGAACUAGAAGACGUCGCUCCCUCCCCCGUCCAGGUCUUCCGCCUGUGGCAGGUCUUCCUCGAAAGGAUCAACCCUCUCACCAAGCUGGUCCAUGUUCCGUCUCUUCAGCCCCUCGUCAUCGAAGCCGCUGCCAACCAUCGAAACGUACCUAAUAACAUCCAGUGCCUAUUGUUCGCCAUAUACCUUGUUUGUACGGUAUCGCUAUCCGAGUCCGAGUGCAGGCAGAUGCUCGAUACUUCCAAGGACGAGGCUCUCAAAACCUUCACCGCAGGCGUCAAGUCAGCCCUGACCCGGGUGAACUUUAUGAAGCAUUAUGAUAUGGUCACUUUGCAGGCGCUGGUACUCUACCUUAUUUCUCUCCAAGGACGGUACGAUCGUCAUGCGGCUUGGGUGCUGAGCGGAGUCUUGAUCCGUAUCGCUUACAAGAUGGGUCUUCACCGCGACGGCGAGAAGUUAAAUUUGCCACCCUUCGAGACCGAGAUGAGGAGGAGAGUCUGGUGGCAGAUCAUCAUGUUGGAUUGCAAAUAUGCCAUCACCUCGGGCUUCGCAGACACUCUGUUGCCGUGGGGUUGGGAUACGGAGAUCCCCACCAAUAUCGACGACUCGAGUCUUUUCCGAGGGUCCACCGAACCGAUCCAGCCGCGGGAGGGACCGACCGAAAUGAUUUUCUGCAUCAUGUUCUGCGAGAUUGGCCGGUUCAUUUCUCGCAACCGCAUGUUGGACACGGAAGAGGCGAUAUUCCAUACCCAGGGCGCCGACCCCGAUAGCCCGGAAUAUGCGGCCGCCAUCGAAAUUCUCGCAACGCAGAGCGCCGUAAUAGACAAACUCGAGGCCAGGCUCAUCGAAAUCGAGCAGCGCUACCUCGAUACCUCGGCAGGGCCCAUUCAUGUCGCCGCCAGCUUCAUCCGUCCCGGGCUUCUCGGCAGGCUCCGCAGCAUGAUCACGCCGAUGCGCCAGAUCCCCGAAUGGGGCACCGAGGUCAGGAACGUCCACGACAACAUCUUCCGCAUCUUCGUCUGCCACGAGGAGAGCAACCUGGCCUACGCAGACAUGGUCAACGACCGCAACUACCGGUGGUUCUUCACCAUGCAUUGCCAAGUCGACAUCAUCAUCUACCUCGCCACCAUGCUCCACAAGCGACCCGCCACCGGCAGCCUCGCCGACCGCACCUGGCGCCUCUUCGACAAGGUGUACGAGUACCACGAAGAGCUGCUCACCAUGACACAGAAGCCCCACCUCCAGCUCGCCCACCUCAUCCUCAAGACCUGGCCCCGGCGCGAGCAGGCCCUCGCCCAGCUCGGCGCCCCCUGCGAACCGCCCGUGUGCGUCAACAAGCUGCGGCAGAUCCUCCCGCGGCUGCCGGCCGACCUGGCGGCGACUCUGAGCAGCCGGCCCGGCACGGCGAAGCCGGGGAACAACGGCAACAACAACAACAACAACAACAACAACGCGAUGGCGACGACGGAUAACGGUGCGGCGUCGGAGAUGCAGAUGGAUUUCCUGAACGGAUUCUUCGACCCGCUGGCUUCGGACUGGGACCCGUGGCCGGAGAUGGGGCCGUCGUCGGACCUGGGAGCCACGAUUAACCCGCAGGCGGCUUCGGAUCUCUUGGCGUUUGGCGGGUUGGGGAAUUUUGGGGCGCCGCCGCCGCAUUCGACGUGGUGAGUAGCGGUAUACGAACGACGAUAUGGACGAAUUGGGAAAUGGGAUAGCAAAAAGGAGUAAAUUUGGUGGUGU